AUGGUUUUGAGAAGGUUUUUAGGAUUAGGAGUAUUUCUCGAGGGCCAGAUAGGUUGUGGUCAAGUGGUACGUUAUAUUAUGGUUUCGUCUAUUGAUUCUUUAUUUGGUGAAGUUACCAAGGGUAAAAUUGAUUCCUCUGUGGAUUCUUUGUUUGCCAACUCUUCUCGUUCUAUUGAUGAACAACAGUUGAAAUUAAAACAUAGAACUGAGUUGCCAACCGUUGUUGAGCCUGUUCAAGAAGAUGUUACUGCUCCUUCAGCUUCAGCUUCUGGUGCCCUUAUUGACGAGGAAGUAAAGGUUGCUAAGAAGUCAAAGAAACCAAAGAAAACCGAGGAAGACGAUUUAGAAGGAAAAUAUUACGCCAAGUUAUUAGAAGAUGACAAGGAUAAGUCUGCUAAGGAUGUCAAGAAAGAAACUAAAUCAGAAUCAGGUUCAGUCUCAGAUUUAGAUUCGGAUUCAGAUGCUGAGGAUAAAGUUGAAAAGAAAACUGAAAAAUCUCAAGCAGCAACCACUUUAGAUUUAAAAGAAGAUGAAUUAGAAAAGGCUAAACGUACUGUAUUCAUUGGUAAUGUUCCUAACACUGUCAUAACAUCAAGAAAUAUUUAUAAACAAUUCAAGAAACUAUUCUCUUUGAUCGACGAAAAGAAAUUCUCCAUCGAAACUAUUAGAUUCAGAUCCAUCUCUUUCGAUGAAGCAUUACCAAGAAAAGUAGCAUUUGUACAACAAAAAUUGCAUAAAUCAAGAAACUCUAUUAACGCAUACAUUGUCUAUAAGGAGAAAUCAUCUGUCAACCCAAUCUGUACCAAAUUGAACGGUACUGUAUUCCAAAAAAAUCAUUUAAGAGUUGAUUCAGUCUCAAACCCAGCUGCACAUGAAAAUAAAAGAUCUAUCUUCGUUGGUAAUAUGGACUUCGAACAAGAUGAAGAAACUUUGUGGUCCCAUUUCGAAUCCUGUGGUGAAAUUGAGUACGUCCGUAUAAUCAGAGAUUCAAAGACUAAUUUAGGGAAAGGUUUUGCUUACAUUCAAUUUAAAGACUUACAAAGUGUGAAUAAAGCAUUGCUACUAAAUGAUAAAAAAUUUGAUAAUACUAAAACUACAAGGAAAUUACGUGUUUCGAGAUGCAAGAACAUCAAGAAGCCAUCAUCAUCAUCAGCAACAAGCAAUAAUAAACAAAAAUUAAACGAAUCUCAAAAGACUAAAAUUGGUAGAGCUAAAAGAAUCUUAGGUAAAGCUGACAGAGCCACUGCAGGUGAAAAAAUAACCAUCGAAGGUCUAAGAGCAGCAAAGGGACAAACUGCUUCUUCCCACUUGAAGAGAAAGAAGGAAAGAUCAAAAACUGGUAGAGUCACUAAACGUUCUAUAGCAUUUAAAAAGGCACAAGCAAAGGAUUCUUCAAAAAACUGA